AAAAAAAAAGCGCUCUUCUUCUUCUUCCUCCUCUUAUUCUCUCUCACAAGAAAAUCACCAAGAAACUACUCCAUCUUCCCAAAGUUAAAAAAUCUGUGGCGAACAUGAAUGCUCUUCAACAGAUGAUUUUCCCUGACGAGAACGCUCCGAUUCAUCGCAAAAAGAGUGUUGCUGCUGCUGCUUCUGUGAAAAGUACCAAAGGAUCUGUAAUUGGUCAGAAGAAGAAACCUGGAGGAGCUCGUAAGGCUCUCAAUGAUAUCACAAACAAGUCUGGAAUUCAUCCCAAAGCUUCUUCUAAGAACAAGCAAAUCGCUUCUUCUGCUGCUGCAAAAUGUGAAAUAGACAUAGCAGGGGAGAUGUUCUUACAUGAUCACAGCAAAUGCAUCAAAGAGCAGCAGAGUCUCUGGGAUGAUCACUUCUCUGCUGAUAUUCUACUCCAUCAUGACUCUUCCAGCAUCAAGGAAAAGCAUUUCAAGUGUGAGAAAGAAAUGAUGGAUGAUAAGAACAAUUUGACUUGUGACGAACCAGAAGAGAUACCAUCGCCCAAGCUGACUGAUGAUUGGCUGAAGAGCUCAACUCCAUGGCGCUGCUCCCCAAUCCGUCAAGGUUCUAUGAUGAUGAUGAUGCCUUCCACACCUAUGGCUUGGCGGUUCGAUUCAGCUGAGUUCACUCUCAAAGAAGACCUCUUCUGAAUGUAUCUCUGAAAUUUUUUCACCCUUUAGAUGAAGUAGUACUUACUUGGUUAGAGAGCUACUAUGUUUUGUUCAGCUCAACAAUGUUCCACCACUCUCUAACUGAUUUCAUGAAUAAAAAGUUGGUUUCU